GAGAUGUUGCUAGAGUGAAUGGUCAACUGGCUGUUUCUCGUGCUUUUGGAGACAAGAACCUGAAAUCACACCUGCGUUCUGAUCCUGAUGUAAAAAACAUCGAUGUUGAUGGAAAUACAGAUCUUCUCAUCCUUGCAAGUGAUGGUUUAUGGAAGGUAAUGUCUAAUCAAGAGGCAGUUGACAUCGCGAAGAAGGUUAAGGACCCACAGAAGGCAGCCAAGCAAUUAGUCAUCGAAGCGUUGACCAGAGAAAGUAAAGAUGAUAUCUCAUGCAUUGUUGUCCGAUUUAAGGGGUGAAUCCACGACAAGUUAUCGCAGUGUGCAGUAUAUACUGUCCGUGUACAAAAGUAUAACUCUAUAGUAAAUAGAGUGAUAUUUGUAAGAUGAGAUGCAACUCCAAGAUUCACAGAAGCUUGAAAUAUAUAUGCCCUCUCCCCUGCCCCUGGCCCUUCUUUCUUUGUAAUAGUUUUUUACUCGGGUUGUGUGAUAAUUCUUUCCUAUUUAUAGAGAUUAUCAGAGUGGAUUUUUCUAUAAUUUGCAUAAAUGCCUUUGUAAUCAUGAAAAUGGUCAAGGGCUUGAUGAUAUGGUUUAUAGACAAUUUGAUUUUGAAGAUCGCUUAGUUUCUGGAUCCAA